AUGGAAUGCUGUGCGUUGCAGGGCUCCAGAUUCCCUCCUGGGUUUCGCUUCCAUCCCACAGAUCAAGAACUUAUAAUCCAUUACUUGAGGAAGAAAAUCACGGCUUCUUUUCCUCCGCUGCCUGCCAUUAUUGGUGACAUCGAUCUUUACAAGUUCAAUCCAUGGGAGCUUCCUGAGAAAGCUUUAUUUGGUCAAGAAGAAUGGUUCUUCUUCAGCCCUCGUGAUCGCAAGUAUCCUAAUGGCUUCAGACCAAAUCGUGCGGCGGCGUCUGGCUUUUGGAAGGCUAUUGGCACCGACAAACCGAUCCUUUCUUCUGGUGGAAGCGAAUGCCUCGGCGUCAAGAAGGCCCUUGUGUUCUACAAGGGAAGGCCUCCCAAGGGAGUCAAAACUGAUUGGGUCAUGCAUGAGUACCGCCUAUUAGACAACAAUCCUUCUCAUCAUCUUUUGCACAAGGAGAAGGGCUCUAUGCGGUUGGACGAUUGGGUUCUAUGUCGAGUACAUCAGAAGGGAAGUUUUAUAGGGGAAAACAUUGAGAACCUGGAGAUCAGAAGUUCUAAACCUGCGAUCAUAAACAGUAAUGAAAGCCAAGGCAGGCAGGCGGUGACGAAUGAGUAUGAGAUUAGCAACUAUAUUGAUUGGAAUAACCCACAACUUUUGUCUUAUUGUUUGGAGUCUUCAUUUGGAGGAAAGAACAACGAGGAGAUUUUGAUUUCAGAUUCUGUUGUUGGAUGGUCACAAAUAUGAAAAAGGUGACGAUGUGCCAUAAUUGAUUUUGCAUGUUUAAGUUUAAAUAGUAUAAGAAGUUUGGUUUGUAAUUAAAAAUGCAUCUAUGUUUGAAUUUUAUAAUUGUGUACUUUAUCUUAAUCUAAAUGGUUGAUUAUUCUAAAUUGUUGAACACCUAUUGUAUGAAAUAAU